UAGUCAAUCCCUAACUAUAAAGAUUAGCCUCUUCGCGUCUUUUGCAUUCCUCCUCCUUCGAUAACUAUUAGGUUUUCCUUUCUUCUUCAAUCAAAAAAUGAAUCAAAUUUUCAGAUUUUCUGUGUGCAGAUCGCUGUUCUUCAUUAAUCUUCUUCUUCUGUUUCAAACCUAAUGACAGUACUAAUCUCAAAAUUCAAUCAUCCUCCACAAAUCUUCUCAACCCCUGGAAACCAAUUCCGGAAAUUCAGUGGAGAAGCAGCAGAAGAAGGCUGUAAUUUAGCGAUGAUUAUCUGAAAGAUGAAAUGUCUAAAGUUCAUGAUGCUGUACUCUACGCUUGGGAUAACAUAGAACGACGCACUCUACCUCCUCUUGAUGCUGCCAAGGUACCCGCCGAGACAUUUAAUGCCUUCAGGGAAAAUUUUGGUCUUGACAAUGGGGAUCUUCCGCAUCAGCUGCAGAGAUUCUAAGAAGAGAUUGAUAUGUUAGAAGAAUCCGUUGAUAAAACUGUGGCUUAUGGGAAGUAUGCCGAUGGAGGUGGCGAAUUGGGUUAUGUGUUCGAGGAUUGGUGUAAAGCUGUUGGUAGGUUCCAGGAAUGGAGUUCUGAAUCAGAAAAUGAAAGCAGCACUUUGCCAACUGCUCAGGACCAGAUUGCUAUGCCUGUGGCUGAUGCUGCUUCUGAAGUUGUUGCUGGAAACCGGGCUGACAUUACCUAUCAGGUUAGUUCUUUUUGCUAUACUAUUGUUUCUUUCACUUCCUGUGGGUCUUCUUUCUCAUAUGCCAUAAGCUUAAUCAAGUUAUUUGCAGUUUGAAAUAUUCUUUACAUG